GACAUUUACGUAACGACAGGUCGUUUCAAGCUCAUCACUCUAUUCACUCACUACUUCCUCUUUCUCUUCUUCUCUCUUCAUUUACAGAGCUCUAAUCCUCUCUCCAAUGGCAAUGCAAUCCAAAUUAUCACACCAAAAUUCAUCACGCACCUUUACCUGUAAUGUGAAACGGAUUGAAAUGACUUCAAGGAAGUUUUUUGCAUCAAUUACUGCAGAAGAAGACAAACCCUUUGAUUUUCUCCGUGCUUUAUACGAGGGUAGUAUAGCAGGAGCUGCUGCAGGUGUCAUUGUGGAAGCAGUUUUAUACCCAAUUGAUACGAUAAAAACUCGAUUGCAGGUGGCUCAUGUUGGCGGGAAAAUAAUCUUAAAGGAUCUAUAUUCUGGAUUGAACGGAAAUCUUAUUGGUUCUUUACCGGCUUCUGCUGUAUGUGUAGGUGUGUACGAGCCUGCAAAGCAGGCACUAUUAACUUCAUUGCCUGAGAAGUUUAGUGCUUUAGCACAUCUGACUGCAGGUAUUAUUGGGGGUGCUGCUUCUUCUCUCAUCCGUGUGCCUACAGAGGUUGUUAAGCAAAGGAUGCAAACUGGGCAGUUUGCUUCAGCACCAAAUGCUGUUCGUCUAAUUAUAGCGAAAGAGGGAUUUAAAGGUCUUUAUGCUGGCUACGGAUCAUUCUUAUUGCGAGAUUUGCCAUUCGACGCCAUUCAAUUCUGCAUGUAUGAGCAACUGCGGAUAGGAUAUAAGAUAGCGGCACGAAGAGAGUUGAACGAUCUUGAAACUGCCAUGAUUGGCGCAUUUGCUGGUGCAAUCACUGGAGCUAUAACCACUCCUCUUGAUGUUAUAAAAACCCGAUUAAUGGUUCAGGGGUCAGCAAAACAGUAUAAGGGAAUUUGCGAUUGUGUUCGGAGUAUAAUGAGAGAAGAAGGCAGUCACAUUUUUUUCAAGGGUACUGCCCCAAGAGUGCUUUGGAUUGGUAUCGGAGGCUCGAUUUUCUUUGGUGUUCUUGAAAGGACAAAGCAAUUGUUGGCGAAAAGGCGUCCCAUUGACAUGGAGAAAUCUUCUUUGUUGGAGCAAGAUUCAAAACUUUAGCUGCUAAUUCUAUAUCAAGUUCUGUAAGCUUUACAUUAGUAGUUUUCAAUUUAUUUUUGAUUUGGAACUGA